AUGGGCCUCUUCAACGACAAGAAGGUCGACGACACCGAGUACGGUAGCCAGCUCAAGGCCGAGGAAACAAACCCCCAAGGUCAGACCGAUGCCGUCUUUGGCGAAAUCGUCGAGGGAGGACCCAACUACCGCAGCGUCAGCUGGUGGGGGUCGUCUAUCAUCAUGAUGAAGACACAAAUUGGUCUCGGUGUGCUGUCCAUCCCCGCCGCUUUCGAUGCCCUGGGCCUCAUUCCGGGUGUCAUCUCACUGAUUGCCAUUGGCUUGAUCACCCUGUGGUCUGGCUACAUGGUCGGCACAUUCAAGAUGCGUCACCCCGAGACGUACGGCAUCGAGGAUGUGGGGCAGAAGUUGUUUGGGCGCGCAGGCCGAGAGGUGCUCGGUCUGGCUUUCGCUUUAUUGUGGACGUGCGUUGCUGGCUCCGGUAUGCUGGGCAUCUCCAUCGGAUUGAACUCACUAUCUGAUCAUGGCACCUGCACUGCUGUCUUCGUCGCUGUGGCUUGCUUCGUCGGCUUUGCACUUGCUUCAAUCAAGACCUUGGGAAAGCUCUCUUGGAUUGCAUGGGUUGGUCUUGCUGGUAUCAUGUCAGCUAUCAUCACCCUCACCGUUGCAGUCAGCCUCCAGGAUCGCCCCUCUGCGGCACCUCAAUUCGGCCCCUGGCAGUCUGAUUUCGAGCUCUUCAAAUCCCCCACCUUUGCCGAGGCUGCGGCUGCCCUAUCCAGCAUCGUCUUCGCCUUCUGUGGCAUUCCCGCCUACUUCAACGUCGUGUCCGAGAUGAAGGACCACAAGGACUACUUCAAGGCCCUGUCGCUUUGUCAGUUCGUCAUGACCUCCAUCUACAUCGCCAUCGGUGUUGUUGUGUACUACUACUGCGGAUCGUACGUCGCGUCGCCUGCGCUGGGAUCCGCUGGUGUCUUGAUGAAGAAGGUCUGCUACGGGCUCGCGCUUCCGGGUCUGCUUGCCUCCGUCGUCCUUGUUACUCACCUCGUCGCCAAGUACUUCUUCAUCCGCACCUUGCGUGGAACAGAGCACCUCAGCCGCCCCACCGCUAAGCACUGGAUCACCUGGUUCAGCUACACCGCCGCCGUCUCCCUGACUGCCUACAUCAUUGCAUCCGCAAUUCCAGUCUUUGGUGGUCUUGUCUCACUCGUCGGCGCACUUCUUGGCACCCUCAUGAGCUUCCAGCCCAUGGGCUGCAUGUGGCUGUACGACAAUUGGAAUCGAUCUAACCGCGACUGGAAGUGGAAGGGUAUGGUCGCAUGGUCCAUCUUCGUCAUUGUUUCUGGCACAUUUCUCCUUAUUGGUGGCACCUAUGGUUCGCUUGUCGGCAUCAUCGACUCGUACAACAAGAACGGCGGUACCAAGCCUUGGUCGUGCGCGGAUAACUCCAACUCGAGCGGCGGUCACUAA